GCCCCACUGUUGGGUACUGGCCUUCCCUCAAUCAACCGAAUGGGGAUACAGCAUAUUUCUCCACGCUACCUACUCCAGAUCGGGUUGGUGGAAGUGUUUGGGUUAGUAGCUUGGGUCCAACGUUUCAUCGUGCCUUUCACUGAAUCAUCUUUUUCAAUGCAUGCAAUGUUCUAGCCAAACAAAAAAAAACUGUCUCACAAAUGAUUCGAACCCGGACCUCCAGAUCAUGAGCCCAUCUCUCUAACCACUUGACCAUGGAGGUUGUUGUAUGGAGAUCCUGAAAGUGUUGCCACAAGAAACAUUAUCUUAAUACUGUAGAAUAUUUUGGUAACAUAAUGGCCAGGAGGUUCAUGUAUGUAGCUCUAUCAAAGCUCUAUGCAUUAGAGAAGUUGGCAAUAAACUGCAUACUGACUGCAUUAUCGAGGUUGUGCGACGAAACACGCGUGAUUGAGAGGUUAAGUUUUCUUGGAUUCUAUUAUUUUUCCGAAAAUGGGAAAAAUAAGGAAGCCACGGCCAAACAGAACUAAAAGGAAUGUUGAGCCCGACGUUUCUGACGAAGAGGAGCAGAUUCCUGUUGAUUCUAAAGAAAAUGCGAUCCAGACAAUAUUGGACCAGCUGCAGGCAGCAAACGUGGAAGAAAAAUAUUGCGGGUUGCAAACGUUCGCGCUGAUGAUAGAAAGUCCAGAUAACAUAGAGGAGGUUCUCAGCCGGGGGGUAGUGAAGGUGGUGGCGCCGUUGUUACUGGACCCUGCGAGCUCUGUGAGGAAUGCUGCCGCAGGAGCAUUGAGGAACCUAUCUACAGUGCGCCCUGAAGUAUGUGACGCUAUGAUGGAGCAAGACGUUAUGACUUCUUUAACUAUGUUUUUCCACGAGCAUGCAGAAUCAUGGACACCAGAUCAAAGUUCAAAAACAAAUCAAGAUGAUGUUGAAACUAUCAUCCAAAUCAUAAAUUUACUGCUCAAUUUAUGUGAAAGCUCAGAAUUGGCCAUCAAAUAUCUUGGGCAAUCGAAAAUUCUUGAUAUCUUACCCAGAUACCUUGACAUACCUACUUUUGGAGCAGAAAUAGUCAUUGCUGCUUUGCAAUGUUUGUUUGUGGUCAUUGAAGACAACCCUGUUGCUAUGGAGAAGAUCAAGACCAAUUCUGAAAAACAACUGCAAGUGUUGCUUGCAUUAGAGGACAGUGAUCCUUCUGCUUUACUUAUAAAAACUUUAGCUGCUGGGGUGAUAAUAAACACUUGUGGUGGCAACAUUGCAUCUCUACCAGUCACUGUUAUACAUCAAAUAAUUUCAAUCUUAGCUGCUACACUUACCGUAGAUCACAGGAUGGUCUGCAAUCAGUUAACAAGCAGUCUCCCAUUAGCUGAUGAUGCAGGCAAGGUCGAAGCUCCUAAAGGAAAGGAAGCUCAAGUAAUAGAAAGUCAAAUAAAGUCAGUGUCACAAAUGUUAGAUGCACAACAAUGUUCAAUUGAAAUUAUUGCUAACAUUUGUUCUUGUGAUGAUAGUGACUCAGAAAAUGGUGGAGAUUCUUCAGAUAGUGAGGAAAUUGGCGACGAUGAUAUCCCCAAUGAGGCAGGACUGACAACACCUGCUGAGGACAGGCUUCCUCCGGAAGUACUGGAGGCUCUCAUUUCAAUGGAAAUAUUUGCUAAAGUAUGGGCGAGAACACAAUUGCCAGCUGAGAAUGUCAUGUUAAUACUGAAGGAAUAUCAUGGGUCAAAAUCUAUUCAUAAAAAGCUGCAUACCUUACAGUCUGGAGCUCUACUCUGUAUAAACAACAUGCUAUCAACCCUCCCAAUAGAAAACCUGGGCGGUGUCAAUGGUGUUUACAAAAUAUGGGUUGAUGCAGGAAAGUUAGUGUUCAAACAAAACUCGGAUAAUCUGAUCCUUAUGGAAUCAGCCACCGCAGUGAUGAGAGCAGCUCUAGAUAAAAUAAAGUUUAGGGAGAAUGGUAACACUAGUGGACAUGGAUUGUUCAAUGAGUUGGCUCUCACAGAUAUUGAGAUAAUGUUGGCGGGCAUCCGAGACUGUCAAGUGCCAGAGAUAAGAUCAAACCUCAUCCGCAUGAUUGGUAUCAUGGCACUAUUGCUGGUGAACACUUUAAAUGAUACUACUUCAGAAGUAAUAUGCACUAUAACAGAGUUUAUUUUGGAUCAAGCCCACAAGGAGAAUGUAGUAUGGGUCCUGGCAGAGGCUGUAGACACCAUAGUUGAUCUCUAUUCUGAAGAUGAAACAGACGGAUUGGCUGCUAAAGUGAAAUUAGUUGAGAAAUUGACCGUCUUAGCGCCUUUACUGAAAAACAAGGCAAGACAACAGAAAAAGCUUCCGAAAGAAUAUAAAGUACUAGUCUCCACAGCUACGUCGAAUCUACCGAGAUUUAUUAAGUAUAAGAAAGAAAGAAUAAGUAAGUUAAAAUAAAUUAAAAUCUAUAUGAAAUGUAAUAGGUUAAUCGCUAUCUUUUUAUACAGGACUAAUUAUUUUUACACUCAUGUAUACUUAGUUAAGCCAUCUUAAUUUUAUUAAAGUUAUGACAUAGUAA